AUUAUUUGUCUUGUGCCAGUGCCCGAGUAGUAAGUAGGUAAAUUGCUAACGUUAUCUUUUUAUUAUUUCGUAUUUUUGUUCACACUAACGCCCAACUCUGCCCAAAUUGGUCUCCGAUUUUCGUCUUUCACUCCGACGGCGAUCCGGCACAAACCGAACAUGAGCUGUUUGAUCACCAUGGUGGCUCUGGCCACCGCCGUUUUGGCGUCCGCAAAUGCCCAAAGCCACCAACUAUAUGUCCUCAACAGUCCAUCAAACGUCAAGAUCAGCCAGUCGUCCGUGCCAUUACGUGCCACAGAGUUGGCCGACGUUGUGUCGUCCACAUUGGGCUUCACCGUUCCUCAUGGAGAAAAAACUUGGAGCAAUUUAAUGGUGGAAAAUCCAUUUGCAUUACCUGAAGCUGUAGUUGUCCUUGAAAUACCUGGAUUAAAAAAUCCUGGAUUUGAUUUAAAUAAAGUUGACCAUCAUAACAUGAUUUUGGAUGAACCCUUAGAUGAAGUGUAUGCUACUGUGGAACAUAGAAUGAAGGAGAGGCUUGACAAUAAGGAAUAUAGCAUUAUGCAUGGUUCCUUAACCAAUGAAGAAUUUCUUAAGAAUCAAGUAUUCCAUCCAAAUUUCAAGCUUAAUCCUAGUAUUAAACCUCAACACAUUGAUUCAUAUGAUGAGAAGUAUGCUGUAUUUUUUAAUGAAAUUUACAACUUACAUCAAUUGGGACAAGGUGUCAAAGAGAGUAUGUUAAAAAAUAACGUACCAGAUUUUCAUUGGUUUCAAUUGCAAGGCAUUAAAGCUUUGACUGCUGUCAAUGAACCAAAUUCAGAAGAAACUAUUGAAGGUGAAAAGGUUUUAAAUGAAGCUAUAUCUACAUUGGUCCAAUCAUACAACGAAAUUUACAAUAAUGAGGUCUUAAUUAUUGCUAUUACCAACAAUGCAAAAGAAUCACGAAGAAACAAACGUGAACUUAGUAGCGUAGAAAAGAAUCUCAAUGUUGCUGAACCAAUAUCUAAUGAUUUUCCAGUCAUAUUCAAUCUUAUACUGUGGUUCGUUGUAAUAUUUGUCUUUUCCCUUUUAGCCAUAGCAUUGAGUAUUGCCCAAAUGGAUCCUGGUCGUGAUUCAAUCAUCUACCGCAUGACCAGCAAUAGAAUGAAGAAAGAAAACUAAGUGUUCAUAAAAUGAUUUAUAGUUGAACAAAUCAGACUAUGCAAAUAAUAAUUAUGAAGUGAUUUAAAGAAAAAAAAAACAUCAAACAAAACUUAAAUUUGGCCUAGAAUCCAUUCCAAUUUGUAUAUAAGUGUUCACAUUCAACACAAAUAUUAUGAUUAUUGUACUAAGUUUUUGUUUUAUUUAAUUUAGUUUAUUGUUUUGAAACAAAGGUGUUUAGUAUUUUAGUAUUUCUUUAUUUUAUUUGUGUAAAUUAAAAAGUUAUCAAUUUGUUUUAAA